CUUUAGUUAGUUACAACUACUACACUUACAAAAUGCUUCUUCCUCAAACCCUAGAUUGCUUUCAUUAUCUGCUUCAAGAAAACAGAGGAAUUUCAAGAGCUCUUUUGGGUGGAAUUUCUUAAGGAGAUGGAUUCAUCUAUUUGGAGUCCACCUGAAAAUCAAGAUGAGAGCUGUUAUCCAGCAAACUGUUGGCAGUAUAACUUGUAUUUCGAUCCAUGGCUUGACGUGAUCGAGCAAGAUGCUUUAAAUGAGAUAUCUUGUCUGCAAGUAUUAAAGAUACUAAUUACGAAAGCUUAUUCAGAAAUUGCUGAACUUGAAGAUGAAAUACUGAUGCUCCAGAGCCAACUGGUUUGUGCUUGUGCUGAUAAGGGAUCGUAUGAUAUGUGCUUUGCUGUAUUACAUAAAAAGAUUGAUAACCUGGAAAGUUUGCUAAGGGCCUUAAAGAAUGAGAAUGAACAGCCUGCAGAAACAACUCUGGAGAACAGACAUGCUUCAGAACAAGAAGCCAAAGAGUAUAGCAGCAAACGAACACACAAAGGAGUCAAGGCUGUUCAGAUUCAUGAUAAGAAAACAUCAAAGCAGUUUGUAAAGAUAAACAUGGCCAGCAUUAAGUCUAUAUCUGGAAUAAAGGGGCAAGAAGUUGUGUGUACUGAAAACUGAUUGUAUUAUAGAUGACUCAUUGCCAAAUCUGCUGAAAUCUAAAAGGAAUGACAGAAGCAAGUCACUAAAAAAGCUAAAGAGGGGAGGUGAUGGUUAUGGGGACAAUACCAUCAAGAAAACUCAACUGGCUGGAGCCAAAAGAGCUGCUGGUUUUGCAGAUAUUAGUGCAACUUCUCAGUUCCACUGGAGAAAGAGGAGUAAAUUCAGUGGACCAGACAUCCAAGAGAAUAAAGAUCAGAGAAAUGUUCAGAAUAGGUUGGUAAAAUCACAUGGAAGAACAAGUCACGAGCCUCCGGUCAUUCACAGCUCUAGCUCCUAUGAUGACUCUAAUGCUGAUAAUGUUAAAAUUGUUUCUCCCAUGUCAUCUAUUAGACCAUCACCUUGGAUUGAAGAUAUCUAUAAUAUGACAGUGGUUCAACUCAGGGACAUGGCAAAUCAACUAAAAAUAUAUGGGGUGUCUAAGACUCGGAAGGCAGAUUUGCAGGAAUUGCUUCGCUCUGAGCUGCAAGCUAAAGUUAGGUCAUUAUAGCAAUCUCUCUAUCUUCUUUUCAUUUGCAGUGUUAUGUGAAACAUACAUUGGAAUGCUUACAAUUUUUUUUUUUUUUUUUUUUUUUUUUUUUUUUUUGGUAAAGGAAAAGAGGAAAAAAAUAGGCUCUACAUGUUAAAGGGUGAACUAGCAAAUGAUGUUCAUACCAUCAACUGUACAGACAAACAAAGCUUGCUUACGUAGAAACGUGUGAAAGAAUUUAGCAAAUCCUUGAUUGAUUCUAAGAAUCAGUUAUCUUA